AUGAACAGCGCAACUUCAACCUCGCACAUAGACAGAAACCCUGUGGUUUUCUUUGAUAUAGCCUUAGGAGGCGAGCCUUUAGGUCGUAUAAAAAUGGAACUAUUUGCCGAUGUUACGCCCCGAACAGCAGAGAAUUUCCGCCAGUUCUGUACAGGAGAAUGUAAAAAUGCACAGGGACGACCACAAGGAUACAAAAACAGCAAAUUCCAUCGGGUAAUCAAAGAUUUCAUGAUCCAAGGUGGCGACUUCGUUAAUGGAGAUGGGUCGGGAUCUUGUACCAUUUACGGCACCCCAAGGUUCUCAGAUGAAAAUUUCCUUCUGAAGCAUGACCAUGCUGGCCUGCUUAGUAUGGCAAAUUCUGGUCCGAACACAAAUGGAUGUCAGUUUUUCAUAACAACAACUGCAACCCCAUUUUUGAAUGGCAAGCAUGUUGUUUUUGGUAAGGUGGUGGAAGGGAUGGACGUUGUACGGAUGAUUGAGAACACUAGAACGACGCGAGAUAAGCCCAACCAAGAUGUUCUGAUUGUGCAAUGUGGGGAGAUGUGA